GUUUUACAAAAUACUUAUUUAUAUAAUAUUGAAAAAUUGUUACAUCUUUUUUGCUCUUAAUCUAUUACCCCUUAAUUUCAAUCUCUUAAUAAUCUGACCAUUACCUUCCAGGCCAAGAAAGACGUUGCUGAUAAAGAAUCCGAGCUCGGUCAUCUGAGAGAGAAAGUGGUGACCUUAGAACAAAGAUUACAGGACAAUGACCUGUCGCAAGAUGAUCAUAUCAAAGCCAUCCAGUCAGAGAGAGACAACCUUGAACAAAAAGUGGAAGAAACCAGAAAAGAACUUGCAGCUGACAGAACCGAAUCCAGCGAAAAAAUUAGCAGUCUAGAAAACCAGAUCGAGCAUCUCAACACAAAGAUUUCGGAAGACACGGAGGAGCAUCGGAGUAGCUUGAGCAGAGCGGAUUCGGCCCAGACUCAACUCAGAAAUGAAAUCUCUGACUUGAAGAGCAGGUUGGAUGCUGCACAGAAGGAGACAGGCUCACUUCAGCGGGAAUCGAUGGUGAAGGAGGCCCAGCUAAAAGCGCAGAAAGAAGUGAACGAAGCAGAACUAACAAUGGCCAAUCAGCAGCUGACAGAGGUUAAGAGACAAUUCAUGGAAUCCAAAAAACAACUCCAGGACAAGGUCGCAUCCUUGGAGGCUAAGGUCAUCGCCGUGGAAACGGCACGAGAUUUCGACAAAAGUGCCUCAGAACACAAACUGGCAAGAUUAGAUUCCAUAAAUGAGGAAUUUCUUGAAAAGGAGAUUGAGCAUGAAAAGCAGGUUUCAAUUCUAGAGGAAGAACUGGAUAGAUUAAAAAAAUCCUUAUCUUCAUCUGAGGCUAAGCUACACCAACUACAGGCUGAUUUGGAGAGUGCUAAUACAAGGGCCGAAGAAUCACAAACAAAUACCCAAGAAACAGAGAGUUUGAUAUCAAGACAGAAGGAACAGCUUUCAAUACUUCAUGCGUCUGUCAAAGAGAAAGAGCAACACAUCAAGAAGCAUGAAUCAGAGCAUCAAUCAUUACAGCAAACUAAUGAAAGUCUGAAGCAAAGACAAGAGGAGCUGGAGAAAUCGCAUAAACUUUCACACGAGGAGGCGCAAAAAAUUGUCUUUGAGAAAACGGAAACCGUCAGUGUCUUACAGCAAUCACUCAAUGAGAAAGGAGAGGAAUUGGCUCUUAUAACACAGAAGCUUCAAGAGCUUGAGGCCAAACUGACAAGGGUAGAAGCCGAAGCUCAGGCGAGGAUAGAGGAGACGGAGAUGAACGGUCAUAUAGAGCUGCAGAACCAAGAGAGGUUAAAGCAGACGGUGGAGAGUUUGGAGCAGCAGCUGGUCGAUAAGAAUAAAACGGUCAAGAUGCAACAGCAGAGAUUAUCGGACCUCAAGAAAACAUUACAGAGAGAACUAAAAGUGCAAACCAUCGCCGGCUACGAGUCACCUGAGGAAGCUCUCCGUGGCAACGACACCCAGGUCGACAAGAACAAGCUCUCCAUCCCCGCGAACAACUUCCACGGCAGCAAUAGCAACCUGACGCAAUCAACAGUAUUAACCGAUCAAGAUGGGGGCCUAUCAAGGUCCGACUUCAGAGAGAUCAACUUCCAAUACCUCAGACAUGUUGUCUUUACAUUUAUGAGCUCCACGGAUUAUGAGGCCAAGCAAUUGUUGAAGGCCGUUUCUACCGUCCUGGAGCUGACGCCAAAGGAAGAAAGCAUGAUCAGAAAAACAUUAGAUUGGAAGACAUCAUGGUUUGGGCCGAAACCGGCGAUGAAGAAACUAGUCCAGGUCGCCACACCAGGGUCGGGGAUGCGAUGAUGACGACGACGACGGGUCCAGUCCGGGGCCACACUGCGGCCUACGUGUACUUCCAAUUCUUGCCUUAGCGUAUUCACCAAGGUGCAGUUCGGUGUAGUCUAGAUGAUGUAGAUCUGGUCCAUACGGCAAAAGUGUAAUGUUACAGAGAUCAGGGGAGAGAUUCACGACAGGACAUUAUAUCCGAUGGUUACCUUGGUACCAUUGCUUCUCAGCCAAUCAAAAUCAAGGAAAGUCAUCAGAUCUGACAACUUGUCUGACAAAAAUCUUGAUGAAAUACUCCCCAGACCUUGCCAUCAGUGCAGAAAUGAGUAGAUGACAAACAGUCCAUGAUAGUCACUUGGUCAAGCUAACCGAAAGAUUAUAGUGUUAAUGGACCUCUAUGAAGAUCAAUCCUUGAUAUUCAAAGUGAUUUCAUCUCAUCAAUGCAGAAAUAAAUGAUCAAGGAACAUUUACUCGAUGUAAACCUUGUCUUCAGGAAGGAUUUAAUUACAGAUGGCCUUUUCAUAAGAUCAACACUUUCCAUACUCAUCAGUGCAAUCAACAGUCGAGAUCUGGGUCCCAUAACACAAAGGUUAGCAAUGAUUGUAGAACAUUCUACGAUUGAUUGCAUUGACUACAAUGCACAAUCAAUCGUGGAAAUCAAGCGUACGGUUAAUCGCUAACCUUUGUGUUACGGGACCCUGAGGAGGGCAAACAAGCCCCCCUCCCUCAGGCUGUGCAAAUUCAAAAUAGCCUGGGCUACUGAGGGCUACAGUAAAUUGGAGUGAAAAACCUGGCAUAGUUGUGGUGUCAACUCUUGAGGGUUUCCAUGGCAAAGAAGAAGAUUGUAGAGGUUUCACGGUACACUGUAUUCUUUCGUGGGCAAGUGUUGGUCCUGAAAAGGACCGCCCAAACUCGACGUUUCAACAAGUGUGUUCUUGUCGUCUUCAGGAUAAGGUGGUCCUUUCAGGACCAGCAUAUGCCCAUGAGAGAGGAAUCACAUAACCCCUAGACUCAUAUCUCUUCACUGGUUACCUGUUGUACAGCGCAUAACUUUUAAAUUGCUCCUACGUGUUUUCCAUUCAUUACACGGAACUGCACCACAAUACAACUCUUCCUUGAUUACUCCUAACAAUCCCUCUCGCAACCUUAGGUCUGCUUGUUCAUCCUUACUUGCUGUACCACAAUCUCAUAAUUCAUGGGGGGAUCGAUCAUUUCAUGCUGGGCCAUUCCUAUGGAAUAAACUUCCAAAAGAAAUCCACAAUGUUUCUUGUCUCACCACUUUCAAAAGUUCUCUGAAAACCUGGUUAUUCACACAAGCUUUUAGGUAAUUCUUAUUUUCCAUCCUCUUUUUAGUACAUGUAGGUUUUCUAUAUUCCUUCUUUUCUUUUUCUUUAGUGCGCCAUGAGCAUCUUUUUAUGAUGGAUACCGGGGCAUUACAAAUGUUCAUAUUGUUUUUAUUAUCAUUAAUACAUGUGUACCGUGAAACCGCUACACUGUUAUGGUGUCGAAUCAUCACGUUUGGAGAUGUAGUGGAACUUAGUCAUUACACCAUACAAUCAUAUAUUGUCUGUUUUUAGAGCUAGAAGGGAGUAACUCUGUGAUAGACAGAUUGGUAAAGUCCUUUUGCCUCCAAACAGUUGCUUAUGAAAUACUUAAAAGCUGCAAUCCUCCCCUUGCAUGUAAUAGCCAUUGAAGAUGUGCAACGCCAGUCACAUCAACAGAAAAAUGUCUAGAAAUGCCUUCAGUGAAUGCUUCUGUCAAUUAUGUCUUGGGAAGUUUCAAGAUGUAGGUGACUGCUCCAAGAUGCCAUUAUGAUAAUCUAAUCCAAAUAGUCAAUCGAUAUAGCACCCUUCCUUUUCCUUACAAAGUGCUACACACACACUAUUCCAUGUUUGGGCCACUAUAUCAAUAGCUCAACACCUCAGAUAAAGGGCUUGCAUGAACUCGCUUGAUAGAUUGGCGAUGAUAACAUAUGAUAUAAUGAAAUUAAAAAGAUUAAUGCUUUCUUGAAAAUUUUGACAUUAGAUACCGGUCUACUAUGUGUAAGUGCCAAUCUUGAAACUCCAAUAUUGAAAAAAUGUUCUCUUCUGUAGAUGUUUACUACUACAUUUGACAAAAAGAAAUUGAAAAUGCAAUGUAAUAGAACAACUGAAUUUGCUGAAUAGGUUUUAAAAGAAAUUAUAUAAAAUUAAUUUAAUCAUUCCUGCCUCCAAGAUUAUUGAGGACAUUCGAAUCUUAUUAAGCUAGACCAAAUAGAUUUAAUGUUAAUGCAUUCUUGAUAAGAUCGCAUGAAGUAGAUCUGCACAAUUUCUAUGUUUUGUCAAUUAUUCAUAUGAUUAUAUCAUCGUACAAUUAUUUAAAGUGAUAUGUUUCCGUCAACUUCAACAAUGCUUCCAAAUUGGUUUAUAGUAGUAAACUUGUGUACUAUUCAAUUCAUAAAACACCCAGUUUGACAAUUUGAUACUUGCCAAAAAAAAUUCGUUCAUGAAUAUUCAUGCAAUCCAAGCAUAAAAUGCUUUCAAGUACUUGUAACAGUUAAUGUAAUACUACAUAUCGUAUAUAACAUUGGAAAGUCUUUUCUUCUGUGGAAUUUGCAAUUCUGUACGAAUAUGUAAUAUACAAUGUUAAAAAUUAUUGUAUAAACUGCAGCAGUUUACAGGCAACUGGCCUUACAUUAAAUUGAUGCAUUUUUAAAAUUCUCUAAAGCUGGCACAAUAUCUUAAUCAAAAACUGAAAAGAUAAUACUUUUACUGCAAUGUCUGGUUGCGAGUCUGUAUUAAACUGAAUAUUCCUUCAGUGUAUAUCAAAUUUUCUUAAUUAAUGCUCUUAAAUUUUGAAUAUUUGAAGGUUGCCUUUUCCAAUCUCCUGAUAUAUUCUCAUUACCUAAAAUAUUAUUUUAUAAUUAAGUGUAAAAGUCUUAUUUUUAUAUUUUUCAUUAUGGAUGAUAUAAAAAAACUAUGAUUUUGAAGGUUGAUUCAUAAACUGCUUUGUGUUGAAACCUCACUCUUGUUGAACAAAACCCUUCAUUGUUCCUUGUUUAAUUUUGGGAUUUCCAUGAUUAACUUAAUGUGUCAUUGAUCUUAUGUAUAAAAAUUGAACAACAUUAUUCAAUAUUUCUGUUUCAAUUCGAAAUAUUGAUUAUUUGUAAUGGGUUAUGUGCAAAUAUGAUCUCUGAAACUUCUACAUCAUUAAAUAUAGGAAUUAUAAUAGUUUCAUUUAUAAAGUAAAAGUGAGUCAUAAGAGAGCAUACUAUAUAUUUAAAAUGAAGUGUAUUCAAGCUUAUUUAAUAAGUGAAAUCAUAAUGAUAAAAAAAUAUAUAUUUCAUUAUUUGCAGAGGGCUAAUGGGAAUUUUGUGAUUAUUGAUGAUUUUGUAGUGAAAGAGUAGAGAAUUACAUGUAGGGCAUGAGUUCAACCCCAAAUUGUCAGAUAUAUUUCAUUUUGCAUUUCCAAUUCAAGGGCAUUCACAGGAUAAUCAUUUGCUGUACACCCCUAUUACUAUGAUUAUAUGAUAUUCAUCAUGAACAGAAUGUGAAAUCCAUCAAAUGUCACCAAACUCUUUUUCCCAAGAACUUAUCUGUUUCUUUACCUCAAAUUGUGUUAUCUGUAUCCAGUGUUAAUUUCAUAUUAUUUGUUUAGUCUCUUUUUAGGUUUUCAAGCAAAUUGUGCAGUUGAGGGUACCAUAUCGUCGGCGGUCAUCCGAACCGUCGUAUAACACAUACGACGGUGCAAACCCAUUUCAGAGAAAAUCGACUUCAAAGUUUACUAAAAUUUUCACACUUAGUUCUCCAGCCUUACAACAUAUUCAUUGCUAGAAAAAUACAUGGUUGGAAAUACCAAGACAAUUGCUUGACAAUGGUAUCCUUAUUUUUACACAAAACCAAGGAUCAGAGAAAAUAUGGCAACAGAGCUACAUGCUUGUAAUUUCGGUUUGAGCGGUUUAGAUUUCUCCCGUACAAAAACGCCAUAGGGAAUACCACAACCCUGACCGCGAUUUUGAUGCGCGCGGCCAGUCAAAACGUAUCGCUUUUCACGUGCAAAGUCAAUGCAGUGCAGAUGGCCGAUACGACAGUUUGGCUGACCGUGCGCAUUGAAAUCGCGGUCAGUCAAAAUGUCGUAUCACUCUGCUUCUGUACACAUUUCCAAUGGGAUUUGCGCAUUUUAUGAAAAAUUUGUACGGCAUCGCCAUAAAAUCCCCUUAUAUCUCAUAAAUUAAUAUAAAUUGCUGCCUAGAAUUUUUUUUUUUUUUUUUUUUGGACCAAAAUUGACUGAUACGACGGUUCAGAUGAACGCUGAUGAUAUUAUACACCCCUUUUAGAGUUGUAAUGUCCUCUUUUUCAUAAUUCACAAGAUAUCUGCCAUUUUAUUUAUUUUCUGUAUGUGAUACAGACCAAUCACUGUGAAAGCAUGUCCUACGACAUGUUUUCUGACUGUCAUUUUUGAUAAAUUAUGUUAUUUUUUAAUGAAAUAUGUAACUAUAUUUUGGCAGAUAUAUAUUACAGUGUAUUUCAUAAGUUUGAUUCAUUGUACCUCAGAGUAUUACAUUUAGUGCAUUGUUUAUGUAUUGCUUUUGAAAUGUCUAUUAUGUAAUCUGUUUUGUAUAAUUUUUCUUUUCUUUUUUUAUCAUUCUAACAUUUCAGCACUUCUUUUAUGUCAUUUUGCUCCCAUAUAUUAAUUUCAUUUAUUCCACAUUAAAAAUCAUACAGAAAAAUUACAAAAAUUCAC